CUUUGAAAUUAUAAACCAAGUUCCAAGUAUUAUAUUUUAGCCUUUGAAACUACACUUUUAGGGUUCCUUAAUUACAUUUGAUGAUGGGAGGUACAGGGGAGGGCUCAGCAGCACUGGAAUGGCGGCCAAGGCCGCCGCCGCCGCCCGGAUAUAGGUUUGAUCCCGAUGACCUGAUCCUUUUCAAGUCUUAUCUUUUUCCCAGGGUCAACGGUCAGAACUUCCCGCAAGGGAUCAUCCGCGAGACCGACGUCUACCGCCGGCAGCCGUCCGAUCUUUUUCUUCAAUUUCCGCCGCCCCCCGGAGAGAUUUACACUUACUUCUUCACGCCGAGAAAUAAAAGGUACAAGAACGGGUCAAGGCCAAGCCGCUCCACCAAGGAUCAGAAGGGUAACUGGAAGAUUACGGGUAAGAUUUUGGAAAUCAAAGACACGGAUGGGUUGAGGGUGAUCGGAAGGAAGAACGUUCUUGUUUACUACCAGAAUAAGGUGAAGACGAAUUGGAUCAUGCAUGAGUACGUUUUGGACCAAAAGUACGUAAUUAACGGUAACGGGGACGCCGAAAAUGACGGAGUUGUACUGUGUAGGAUUCACGAUAGAAAUCCAGGAAAUAAACGAAAUCUUGAUGAAAGUGAUGAUGAUGAUCAUCAUGAUCAUGAGCAUGGUGAUGAUCAUGAGGAUGAUGAUGGCCAUAAUAAUGAACCAUCAUCAAGAUGUUAUCGUCAAGAAACCAGCGGCGGCAAGAAGGCACGGAAACCUAACGUUGACUCGUCAAACCGCUCAUGGUAUAGUUGUAAUAGCGUUGGCUCUAACGUUGGUGUGAAGAAUACGGUACAAUUAUUACAACUGCCGCCGUUUCCGCCGUCGAUUGAUUUGCAGCCGCCGUUGGGUCAUAUGGCCUCCGCCGCCACCGCCUCCGCCUCAAAUCACUUAUUCCAUGAAACCCUAGGAAGAGAUGCUACUAUGGAGGCGGAUAAAGGGUCCAACUCAAACCAGCCGCCGCCACUCCCGGAGCUGAUGCCGCAGCCCAUUGGUUACCGAUAUGCAGAUCAAGUGCCGCCGUUCGGCUUGGCCCAUAUGGCUGCCGCCGCCGCCUCUGAUCAUUUUAACGAUGCAUUCCUGCAGGGCUGGGAUAAUACGACGACGGAGUUGGAGAAGGCGGUGUUUUACGAUGGCGGAGUCGACUCCGGAUUUUUGGCAGAUUUGCACUUGGAUUUUAGCGACGAUAACAACUUCAAUUUGUAUUUCACAUCAUCUCCACGUGAUGACCAGCAUAAGUAAUUAACUCUUACCGAUCAUUUAUGAUUGUAUCCAUUGAAAUUUAAUUGUACAUAAUUCAUCAAUUCAAUGAAUUUACUUGUUUUAAUUACAAUUAAU